AUGUAUGUUGACCAUAUAACAUUACAAGACCUCAUAAAAUAUCAAGGUGUCAAAUGUGAAGUGUUGCAAGGAUACUAUUACGAUGGAAACAGAGAUAUUAGAAUAAGAGAUGAAGUAAAGAAGUUGUUUGAGUUAAGGUUAAAGUAUAAGAAAGAAGGAAAUCCUUUGCAAGAAAAUAUAAAGCUCAUUCUGAACAGUAUUUAUGGCAAAACUAUUCUAUCUCCUAUUGAGUCAAAAAUAACCAUAGUAAAUGACAAAGAUGCUAUAAGAUAUGCCAUCAGAAACUACAACCAUAUAGUGAAGUUCGAAGGUUUGGAUGGUUCAGAUAAAACUAUUUUCAAGCUAACGAAAAGCAUUUGCAGACACUUUAACUUCUGUCCACUUGGUGUUAACAUUCUGUCUAUGUCGAAGAGAAUAAUGUGUGAAGUAUUCUGUACUGCUGAGGACUUAGGAAUGGACAUCUUUUAUAGCGAUACGGACAGUAUGCAUCUCUACAAUGAAGAUAUCCCUCGUUUAGCUGAAGAGUUUGAGAAACGUUAUGGAAGAGUUCUCAUUGGUAAAAACCUUGGUCAAUUUCAUAGCGACUUUGCAGAAAUCACACCUGGAAAACAAAGUUUAGCAUACAAUCAAUAUUUUGUGGAAAGAAGACUUACAUAG